AUAAUUUUGCCCCUUCGUAUAGACAUUUUUUUAAAAUCUAUUUUAACUAAUAUGUAUCAAUAAUUUGAUUCGGUUUUCUGGACGGGAUGUGGGCGUUUGGUUUGGUUUUGAUAAAUUACUUUUAUUUACGAAUUAUAUUUAUAUGUUAAUACUAUUUCAUAUCAUCAAUACAGCAAAGUUAUUCUGAACUUUAAAAAAUACCUAAUUUAUUGCUGUUGCAAUCUUGAAAUUGUAAUAACUCAUACGAUUUAUCAAAAUUCCUAACCGCCUGAAAUAUAUUACUCAUGGUUAUAUACAAAUAGUUAAAUGCUCCUUUUAUAGUUAAAAUUAUAAUUUGUACUGUAAUGUUAGAGUAAACAAGUAAUAAAAGGUUCUCCUGAUGAAACCAAAAAUGACAUCAGAAUCUAAAAAAGUGCAAAAUUUUCCAAGUAAUCUUUUGAGUCCUGAGGAGAAUCAAAAAAUAUUUUACAGUUUGGGAAAACAGUGCACGACUCUUGCAACAACUGUUGUUCAACUGUAUUUGACCGAAGAACCUCAUCAUUCAGCAUGGUGUAAGAAAUGUUGUGGAGUUAUAUGCUUUGUGAAGGAUAAUGAGCGUCGUGCUUACUUCAUAAAAUUGUUUGAUAUGGAUAAAUCAGCCUGGAUUUGGGAGCAAGAGUUAUAUACACCCUUUGUAUACAAACCAACUUGUACAUUCUUCCAUGUUUUUGAAGCUGAUAAUUGUAUGGCUGGUUUAAAUUUUGCUGACAAUGAUGAAGCUAUGAAUUUCAAAUCAGCUGUUCAAAAGAAACUUCAAAUGAGAGAUGAAAGGAAGAGAGAAAGAAAACGUGUGCAACAAAACAGCCUUCAACCUUCAAAUGCUGGGAUUAAUAUCGCUGCUAAAGCGAAAUCACAAUCGACUCAAUCGCUUGCUAAUGGUAAAGAUACAAAAAAGGACAAGAAGAAAAAGAAAAAGUUAACAAAGGAUGAUAUAAGUACUCCAACAAAUUUUAUGCAUGUGCAACAUGUUGGAUGGGAUCCUAAAAAAGGCUUUGAUAUCGAAAAUGUGGAUGAAGAUUUAAAAGUAUUCUUCACACUAGCUGGAGUGUCAGAUAAAGAAUUAAAUGACCUUGAAACUCGAAAUUUUAUCUAUGACUUUUUAGAAAAUCAUGGCGGUGUUGAGAAAGCUAAACAGGAAAUUGCUGAAAAAUGUACUCCUCCACCAGUCCCCACUAGAGAAGUACCUCAUACGCCUCGUACCCCACGGAAUACACAAACAAGAUCUGCUGCACCUCCACCCCCGCCUCCUCCACCUUCUGUGCCUCCUGUUUUUCAGCAAUCGUCUAAUCCCGUUUCUCAUCGAUCUGUCCGAGGUGGAGCAGAAGCCAGUCCUGCUCCUCCUCCACCACCACCCCCGCCACCUCCUCCUGCCCCAUUAGGUGGAUGUGUACCUCCUCCACCCCCUCCCCCUCCGCCAAAUGUUAUGCCAGAAGCCAAACCUGCAUCCAAUCCUGCUUUUACGAAGCAGCAGGCUCCACCAAUCGACAACAGAUCAGCUUUGUUAGAUCAGAUUAAAAAAGGCAAGGAACUUCACCAUGUUGAAAUCAAUGGUAAUGAUGCUCCCAAAGAAGUAAAUGAUGGUCGUGGAGCUCUUUUAAAUCAAAUUAGACAAGGAGUUGUUUUAAAAGCCGUUUCAGAAGAUUCUCGUCCGGCUCCAUGUGCUGCACCAAUGGAUGGUUUGGCAGGUGCUUUAGCUCGAGCUCUACAGGAAAGAAAUAGAGCCAUUCACCAUACAGAUGAGAGUGGCAGUAGUAGUGAUGAAGAUGAUGAUGAGUGGGAUUAGAAAUCCUGGUUUUAAAGGAUUAUCUUGUAUGCAUCGAGAUUUUGAAGAGCUUUUUAGUCAAAUCUGUGAUCGUAAAUAUAUAAAUGAAGAUACAGUAUUAAAAAUACAUGAGUUGUUAUGUUAUCUGUAAAAAUAUAUUUAUUGUAAAUUCUAUCUUGUAUUUUUCAUAUAAAGUUUGCUUUUAGUGUUAAUUACUUUAUGUAAAUGAUUUGUUCAAUGUAAUAGGAAAUGGGAAUAAUAUGUAUAUUUUUUAAAAAUAAUAAAUUGUACAUAAUUACCA